UAAAGGCCCGCCCUUACAAAACAAAACCUGAAAGAAUUGCGAAUGCCGGUCGCUCUUCGCUAACAUGCGCUAGUGCAGGGUUAUCAAACUAUACACCAUUUCGCGCUUUAACAGUACUGUAUCAGGAAUGGGAGUUGUGAAGAACAAACGUCAGAGUGAAGCUUCUCCUUCUUGGUCGAUGGCAUCUAACAUGGCGUGUGCAAGAAAUUUGAAUAAGAAUCAACUUGGAGGUGUAAUAUUUGGUUGCACAACAAGCACUAUCAAAGAAUGUCUCACCAAUCAACUAUUUGGCCUGCCAGCACAACACUUUUUAUAUGUAAAGAACAUUGCGCCAGGUCUACCAUUAUUUUUGUUCAACUAUAAUGGAAGACAACUUCAUGGUAUCUACGAAGCUGCUAGCUCAGGGAAAAUGAAUAUCGAUUCAUAUGCUUGGACAUCAGACGGUUCAGAGAGAACAAAGUAUCCAGCUCAGGUCCAAGUACGUGUCCGCAUGCAUUGCCAAGUCCUUGCUGAGUAUCAGUUCAAGCCAAUAAUUAUAGAUAACUAUUACAGUCAAACCCAUUUUUGGUUUGAGUUGGACCAUGCUCAAGCAAACAAGUUGAUAUCCAUGCUAUCCUCUUUAGCAGUUGCCCCGAGGCCCUUUGUACCACAAAAUCUCCCCAAGCGGACUGCAAUAGUGCAGAGGCUUCCCUCAAGCAACAAGAGAGAAGAAAGUGGAGUAUCUGAGCCACCACUCUUGACCGAUGAUUUUGUCAACUCUCAUGAUUCAAUUGGAACAUCGGCCACUGCAAAUGGUACCCUCUGUUUGGGUGAAAAUAAUCAAUGGAUGGAGGCAUCAACAUCCAACUCAAUGGUAGAGUGCAAUGAAAAGGAUCUUAUUUACAUGAAACUGAAAGAGUUGGCUCUCAGUUCUGAGUUUAAAGAUGGAAACAUGAUAGGGCGUGGGAUAGGAGGUGCAUCUACAAGUGUCAUGGACUUGAAACAUGAAACCCACGAUGAUGAUGAUCUGGUUACUUUGGAGAAGAAGAAUGGUGGAAGUUCUUUGGAUUCACUUGAUUAUCCUGCUAUCAUAGUACAGUUGUGCAGGGAAAUGGAAGAGCUAAAGACUUUUAAGCAAGAGCAAAAUCAAAAGAUGGCAAGUCUUGAAAAAAAGCUGGCUGAGGCAGAACAAGAAAUUCAUCGGCUGGAGAAUAGAAGUAUGAAAUUGGAGUCGACAUUGAAUACUUCCAUGAGACUCUCUGGCGACGAGGCACCGAUUGAGUCCACUGAUGAAUUGUACCUGAAUCUUGAUGAGUCCAUCUUAAUAGUUGGCGGAUAUGAUGGUGUUGCGUGGUCAUCAGCAUUGCAUUCCUUCUUACCUUCACAUGAUGUCUUAAGGUCUCUUAAGCCAAUGUCUUAUAUUCGAUCAUAUGCCUCAGUUGCCAGAUGUAAUGAAGAACUUUAUGUAUUUGGUGGUGGAUCUGGUUCUAUGAUGUGGUAUGAUACAGUUGAGUCUUAUAAUGCUGGAAACAACGAAUGGACCCUUCGUCCUUCCAUGAACAAAGAAAAGGGCAGCUUAGCUGGUGCUGCUUUAAAUGGUAAAAUUUUCGCACUUGGUGGUGGAAAUGGGACUGAAUGCUUCUCGGAUGUAGAAAUGUUUGAUCCAUAUGUUGGGCGAUGGAUUUGUGCACGCUCAAUGUUGCAAAAGCGGUUUGCUCUUGCUGCUGUGGAGCUCAAUGGUGCCCUCUACGCUGUUGGUGGAUAUGAUGGAAAUGAGUACUUGACGACUGCUGAAAGGUUUGACCCUAGAGAAAAUUCAUGGACAAGAAUUGGGAGUAUGAAUGCGAGUAGAGGCUGCCACUCACUGGUGGUAAUGAAUGAAAAGUUGUAUGCAAUAGGUGGUUACGAUGGAAUAACAAUGGCUCCGUGUGUUGAGAUAUAUGAUACUCGUCUUGGGACAUGGAUGAGUGCGGAGCCUAUGAAUCAAGGAAGGGGAUAUUCAGCUGCUGCUGUUCUUGGUGAUUCCAUUUAUGUCAUUGGUGGGAUUCAAACUGACGAGGAAAUUGUCGACCAGAUCGAAUGUUAUAAGGAAGGUCGAGGAUGGGAAGCAACAAACUUAAGUGCCGUCGGAAAAAGGUGCUUUGCUUCUGCUAUUGUUUUGAGAGGGGAUUGAAACCAUACCUGCUGCAUUAUCAAUCUUCAAAGCAGUCCUCUCUUUUUUUUUCCCCCAAAAAAACUUUGUUGGCCAAGUUAUGCAUUAUUAUAAAGUCAUGAAAGGUCGAAGGAAAGUGUAACCUUUUUUCUGUAAUUUGUUAAGAAUUUGAAAAUUUUGUGAUCGAAAAAUGACGGAAUUCGGAACUGUCAGAAAUUAAAAUCGUAUUAGAAAUUGGAAUGCAUUUUUGAAUUCUGAUUUUCUUUAAA